GGGAAGGAAGGAAGGAAAGAAGGGAGGACAGAAGAAAGGAGGUAGGGAGGAAGGAAGGAAAGAAAACAGUGGAACACAACGAAUACAUUUUAAUAUGGAAAUGUUAACCCAAAGGGGUCCAAUUUUGCCAUGUCUGUUCCACUUGUAGUGGACGUCCUAGCCAGUCAGUAAAGGUUUAAGAAACCUGUAAGUUGAUUAUUGUACUUCUCUUACUCAAAGAUUCACAGAAACCUGCAGACGUCUAAAGACAAAUUAUUAGAUAUCACAGAGUUUAACACGGUGGCUGACCUUAAGGUCAAUACAGUUUUUAAAAAUCAAAUGGAUUUCUAUAAAUUAGAUACAAUUAGAAAAUGUCAUUUUAAACAGAUAUCAAGUACAAGAGCAACAAUACUCUAGAGUAUCUUGGGAUAUAUGCCAUAAAAGAUGUACAAGAUCUGAAUGUAGAAAAGAUAAACCUAAGUAGUAAACUAAAAUAUUAAAACAUUAAAGAAGACCCUCAUAAAUGGAGAGACAUGCCAUGUUGGUGACUAGGAAGGCUGGGUGUCAUAAAUACAGGCAAUUCUCCCCUAGCUGAUCCAUAGAUUUAAUGAAAAUGCAACCCAAAUGUGUUGCAAAUGAAUUUUCAAGGAACAUGACAUGUUGAUUCUAAUAUUUAUACUGGAAGGGCAAAAGGUGAAGAAUACGAAAGAUACGCCUGAAGAUUAUGAAUAAGAUGUGGGGACUUUCCCUACCACACAUAGAUCAAGAUGUCCUGUCAAGAGGUAAAAAUUAAGAUGGUGGAGUAUUGGCACAGGAAUAGACAAAUUUAUCUAUGGAACAGACAGGGAGCUCAGAAGCCGAGACAUGCAAAGGUGGACCAAAAUGACUCCAGGCACAUCCAAAUGUUCCUCGGGGGUGCAGGAUGCCCCCCUGAUUGAGAAUCCCUGACAUAGCAAUAUGGAUGAAUCUUAAAAACACACGCUGGAUUUUGUAAAAGUAAAUUACAGAAUACCAAGGACAUGAGUUAAAACUGCACGCGCAUGUAGUAUGUCACAUCCAAGGAGAGAAAAGUCUGGGAAACAAGGUUUGGGGGAACGCAAAGCUCCACCUCACUUCAGGAGUUACUCACUGGCGGGCUUGGUAAAGCCAGCACGCGGAGAAGUGGGAGGACGGUAAGGGGGCGGGGCUUUGGUGGGUGAGUUCCGGUGGAACUCGAAGCUCAUUGGUCGCUGGCCACAGAUGUGGGAGGAGCAAGGCAGCGCUGGAAACUCAUUGGCCUUUGUGCGAAGGGCGAGAAAGGGAGAGAGAAGUGGUCUUCCCUCCCACCUCCUGUCACUGCGGCUGGAGGCUGAGGUAACCACAGGCUGGCAUCAGGAAUACGACCCUCGUUCUCCACACAUCUUCUUUCCUCCCUCCCUCCUGCUCUGGAUCACCAACCCCUGGUCCUCUCCUCCACCUCAGUGGGGUCCCUCUGCCCGCUCCUGAUGUCCAACUCAGUCACCCGCACCCCCACCCCCACCCCCAACCAACAACAUUGGAACGCCUGGGGGAGGAUCCCCUGCCUCAGACCCUUGACUCCUGGCCUCUGGAACCUGAGGCAGGGCAUAUGCCCCUGCCUUUGAUUUUGAUGUGGUAGUGGCAGCGAAUGACUGGGCUGCCUUGAGACGGGGUAGUACACCCUGGGUUUGGGGGACAGGGAAGGUGUACCCAAGCAUAACUGUUGAAGCGUGAAGAGGAUCAUGGGAGAUUGUCAGGAGGCUGUGGAGGGAAUACAUGGGUUUGAAUGAAAGCAGAGAGGGUGUGUUGGUGGAAGAAAACAAUUAGUGCAGCGAGGAGUUGUCUGUUGACCGGAUCAGGGUCUGGCAUUCCAUAGGGGACCCAACAAGGAUCUAGUCAAUGACUAAUCAAAGGGAUGAAUAAAACAUAAUUAUCGAAAGAAGGGCUUGGGAUUCAGCAACAUAAUAUAAUCUCAUGGGGUGCAAAGGGGUGUCCGCUUAAAGGGGGAAAAAGAGAAUAAUUAAGAUUACAGUGGGGGUGCAGAAGAAGAUCAGAAUGGGGUGUGAGAGGAAAUUCGAACGUAGGAUGUACAUGAGACUAAUAACAGAAUUGAGUUCAGGAGCCAUAGAGUCAUGAGUAGGGAGUGAGUGAAUGUGGGAGGUUAGGAAGACAACGGUGGAAGCGAAUGCCAGGAAAAAUAGGUAUAGCAGAGUAGAGGAUGACACAUGAGAAGGGGAGGGCAGGAAUUGUUGAAGGGGGCACAAGAGUGAAUGUAUAUGCCUGAAAAUGGGAUCUAUGUAGAGUGAAGGUAGGCAAGGAGAAUGAUGAUUGGAUUGAAAGUUGACAGGAACCAUGCCAUGAGUUGCUUGGAACGAGGCUUUGCGUGAGUAGGGCCUCCUGGGCAGGAGGCUGUGUGAGCAAGAAGGGUGGGUGCGAUCCAAUUUCAGCGGUGAGCUGGAUGAAGAAGAAUCCAGGCACCUCAGGUGGGGAUUUUGAAGGGCAGAGGAAGUAUGCUGAGGGUAGGGGAUCAUGUGGCCAUCCUGACAUCCACUCCUGGCCCUAGAACCAUGGAUCCCAAUGAAAUGCCUGCUGUGCCCUGCUGCCCCUCCGACUCCCCCACUGGCCUUGAGACCAGAGCCCCAUGGGGGAUCGAACUUGGCCCCAAAAGAACUGUAAGUUGCUGUGCCCGCUGCUACAACCAUGGCCUCAAUGACCAAACCAAGGACCAGGAGCACUCCUGCCCCUUCCAGGCUUGUGAAUGUCACAAGUGUGCCUUCUUCUCGGAUCCCUGCAGAGUCUUGCCUGCUGAGAGUGCCUUGAAGAGGGAGCAGGGGGCAUGCCUAAAGAGGCACCUGACUCAAGGACUGAUAACGAGUGGGGCCUCCCCUCCCAAAGCUCACAGCCAUGUCCAGAAGUUGACCAUUCAAGGAGGAGUCGUCAGCGAGCACCCGAGGAGGUCUGCUGAUUGGUCAGGCCCCAAAAUCUUUGUCUCUAUCUUGGACUCCAGCAGCCUUGAAGAUGCAACUCACAACUUCUCUUUCCAGGAAGACCCACAGGACCCCUGCCCUGUCCAGCAUGGUCCUGAGGCUUCUGACCAGGACUCAGUUUCUGCCUCCUCAGAGUGGCAGCGGAAGCUGGAAGCCGCUGAGGCUCUGCUGAUGCUGAGAAACUCUUCUCAGGCAUCUUCUGGCUCCAUCUCCCUGCUCCAGCCCUGCGUGGCAGCAGCUCCUGCUGGAGAUGAAGGACCCCAGCCUUCUAGCUCCUCUCUCCGACCCAGGCCAGCCAGCUCCAUUUCUCUGCCUAUUGGACAUCUGGGGUGCAUCUCCCUCUUGAGCUAGAAACCCAGAAGAGGAGGCCUCACCAGAGUACUUCCUAUUCAUGCAUUUGCAAAAUGUUUAAAGUCCAAAAUGCUUAACAUGUUUGUUUUUUUAACCUCUAGGUUCUUUCAUAAGCUUUUCAGACUCUUUUUAUGAUAUGGGACAAUUCCUUGGCUGAGAGUGGAUAUUCUUGUACCACCAUCCCUUAAUGCCUAGAUUCUGGGGCCUUUUUAUGUCUCUUAUGAAAACAGCGUCAUGGGAUCUAAGCUGAUCAGUCUCUAAAUAGGGUUCUGUGGGAGGUCAUAUGUUCAUAUGCCAGAGUUUUCAUUUGACUCGUGAUUGCAAACAUACCCAUGCACUCAUGCAUGUAUGCAUGCUUGUCAAAAUAUAAGGGUGUUUUCAUUUUGUGUCUAGGUUUGUGUGUGUGAACAAAUAAUAAAUUCUCGUUGUUGUAAGGCACUGCGAUAUAGGAGUUGUUUGCUACCACAGUAUAACGUAGACUCUCCUGACUCUAACAGACUUGUUCAGUUUACUUUUCUAAGUGAGAAUCACCUUACUCAAUAACUGAGCUUUCUUAGCAUGACAAGACAAGAAAAUGGUAGCGAAAAAAGGGGGAGAUGGUGAGGGGGGUAAGGGUUUUACUCAUUUAGCAAGGAAGUGCCUACCUUCUGCCUGGCAUAGACUGCUUCCAGCUGUCCAGAGGGCCCCAAAUUGGGUUGUCUUCAGGGUCAAGCAGGUCUUGCGAAUGAGCAGAGCAGGACUGAUAGGCUCUGGCCAACUGACAGUGCAUGCUCUACCUUAGGGGCCAGCUGCCACCUGGCUCCAGCCAAUUGUUGUCAUGUAGGGAUGUGGAAUCUUCAUUGCCACAUCUCCUGAUUUUUCAAGAGAAGAUGGAAUUCUAGAUUUCUAUGUAAAAUAUCUCAAUUUUAAAACACUGGCUCUGGUUUCCUGUACGUGGGCCAAAGAAAACAUCCAUUCAGGCCAACUAUGGCCAAGUGAAUGCCAGUUCGAUUCUAGUCGAAUGUGUAUUUUACAGUGGGGGGCACUGAAGGCAACCAGGGCCAGAAGAAUCAAAGAGGGGACAUGAAUUAGACCCAGAGCCUACUUUUGAAGGACCCAUGAAAUAUGAGGAAGAAUCAUUAUCAUUGAUUUUGUGCCCACUGUAUGCUAAACACAUAGAGCCUCACAGCAGCUCUCUGAGCUAAGCAUUAUUACCAGUCUUUUACCUAUGAGGACACACACUAUAUGAGUACAAGUAACUUGCACAAGUGUUUUAGGGGAAAUUUGUAGCCACAGAUGGAUAGAGGAAGACUCCCCUCUCUUUGCCAGGCCCUAAAUUAGCUAAUAAUUUUAUAAAUUUUAAAGACUAAAUUCUAUAAAGUAGCAAUUACAUUA